UGUGGCUGAGACUGUGUUUAUUUUCAGAAAAUGUAUAUAGUAAUGUCAGAAAUCUAGGAAAAACGAUUUAUUUUCCAAACAAAUUAUAAUGAGCUCGCUUCAGGAGCGUUUACAAUUGAAACGCUCGCCACUGGACACUUGGAACAUUCGAGAACAGCUAUGUUUAGCAUCCGCCGUGGUGAGGAGUGGCGACCAGAACUGGAUGUCGGUUUCGCGAGCCCUGAAGACUAUUGGGGAAGCUAACAGGCCUCCUGACUGGUACUCUCAGAAGAGCUGCGCAGCCCAAUAUGGGGCUCUGCUCGAGCAUGUUGAAACGCCGAAGCGCAAAAAACGCAACUCCGAGGGGGGUGUUGAGACUCCUCAGGAGAGCAUCCUCAAGAGUCUCACUCAGCAACGCAUCCAGGAGAUACAGAACAAUUUAACUGAAAUGAACGCACAGUAUGAACAAAUAAAGAACGAAAUCCUCGAGGUUCGUAAUCCGGCAACUCCGGACGAAAAGAUCCAGGAGUUCUGGGCUAAUAUCGAGGCGGGUAAACGCGCGAAGGAGAGAGAGAGCGCUAGGCGGGCCGCCUGGUUGAAAGAGAGAGAGGAGAGACGCUCGCGGACUGAGAGGACGUGGCGACCGACGCAGACACCGCCUCCCUCCACAGGUGCACCGACGACGCCGUCUUCUCCACUGCUGACGUCACUGUUGAAGUCCUCACCGGUCGUCACCACACCACAGCACAUUCCACACCCUGCGUCCAUAGUUGACGCUGUCUCACCGUCGGCAACCGCGCCUACCCUCUCCCUCCUGCUCGAGCAGACGGGACAUGCUCAAGAGAGCAAGCACGCCGCGAUAGAGCACAUAAAGAGCCAACUCGUCCAAAUCGAGCACCAACUCAAAGCGAACUCCCAAACGCAGCCGUCUGUGGACAUCGACGAUAUAGAGAUAAAGGCGGAGGACGUGUACGCGUUCCGCGACGUCGACAUCCACAUCCCGCCCGUCACUGCGAUGCACAAGACCCCUGUGCGUGUCACGGAGAAACCGGCGCAGAAGAAAGAGAUGGAAAUAAGCAUUCCAGAAACCGAAGUAUCCGAGAUUCCAUUAGAUGCUAUAAAGGAAGAACCAGUCUCUGAAGAACCAAUCAACGAAGAGUUGCACCACGUGGCGAGUGAUGAAAUGGAGGUGGUCCGACCGCAGAAGGAGCCGGAAGUCAAAAUCAGUUUCCCGGAAGUCAAAUUCCCGACGCCGGAAAUCAAAAUCAUACAUCCUGAGGAGCCGAAGAUGCAGAUAAAAGAAGAAAUAAAAGAACCAGAUGUGGCGAGAGUCGAAGAGGAGAAUGUCGUACAGAAAGAAGUACACGAGGAAGAGAAGCUAGAAGAAACUCCCAUACCUCCGAAAGAUGACAAUGCGCCCGAGGAAACGAUACCAGUGGAAGAGCAGCCGAAAAUCGAAGAGGAAACCGUGGAGAGCGCCGAACAACCGCAACCGCAGGCGCCCCAGCCGCAACCGCAACCGCAACCGCAAAUAGAAACGCAACCCGAACCGGAAGAGACAAGCAUCACUACCGAGAUUCCAGACCCCCAGGAUAUACCCCUCCCACCGGAUAUAGAGCCAACACUGAAAGAAUUAGUCGUUCUAGAAGAGAUACAACUUCCGCCGAAUCCAGAAGAGCCUGCCACCAAAGAGGUCGACGUUUCAGAAGAUAAGAUCGAAGAACCAAUCACACAAGAGAAUAAAGAAUUAGAGAAAAUAGAGGAAAGCACAGAAGAGAAAGUAUUAGAAGUAAUCAAGAAGGAAGAUGAUGCUGAGGAUUCGAUCCCACUAAAGGAGAUGAUAAAAGAAGAGAGCCAAGAGGAAGUCAAGGUUGAGAGGGAGGGAGUCGAAGAAGAUACACACACGGAAACGGAUGACGAUACGCCAAUGGAGUUGAGUCGAGAAGAAGAUAAAGAAGGAAAAAAAAGAAGAGACUAUUCGCGGAAGAAGAAAUCCGAUUCGCGAACUUGCUCCGGAUCUGAGAGCGCGCCCGAGUCGCCGAGCGCGAGCGACGCCGAAAGACAGCACAGGUUGUGGAGAAAGAGUGUGAUGCUUGUAUACAGCAGGCUGUGCGCACACAAGUACGCGUCGUUAUUCCUCAGGCCGAUCACUGAUGAGGAAGCCCCCGGCUACAGCGUGGUGGUGAAGAGGCCAAUGGAUUUGACCACCAUACGUAGGAACAUCGAUGCUGGGAACAUUAGAACGACGGCGGAAUUCCAGCGGGACGUGCUCCUAAUGCUGUCCAACGCGCUGUUAUACAACUCCAGCUCACACAGCGUGUACUCCAUGGCGCGAGAGAUGCACGAAGAGGCGCAACUGGCUUUGGGCAUGCUGCUGGCUGCGCAGGCGCACGCGGGGCUGUGCUCUGCGCCGCCGCGCCGGAAGCGCCGCCUCGAACCCCAUGCGCACGCGCACAAACAACGACACACCUGAGGCUUUCCGCCGUGCGAGACUAACUAGUAGAUUAUAAUAAAUAUUUUUU